AUGUCUUGUUAUGUUGAUACAAUUGUAAAAAUCAAUCAGGUUUGUCAAACUAAUAAGCAAGAAUCAAAGUUAACUAGUGUGUGUGUGAUUGGUGUUUAUCCUAUUAAGAGUGAAGAUUGUGAAAUGAAGAUGUUUAUAUUUAUUCCAAUAAGUAAAUAUGAAAGAGAUCCUAAUACACAGUUUGUUUUUAAAAAAAAUAAAUAUUAUAGUAUAGGUAGAAAAGUUGUACUUGGAAGUUAUAAUGGGAAUUUAAAAUUAAAGAUGACAGUCAUGUCAUCAACCCAUCUUUUGAUUAAGAGAGAUAGUAGUUUGAAUAAAUGUCCUUUAAAGGUUUCAUUAGUUGGCAAUUUAUCAUCUAUUUCUGAUUCUUUCUUAUCUAAAUAUGCAAAAGUAGAUGACACAGAUUUAAAUCACAUCGAUUCAGAUUAUGUAAAAGAUAAAAUUAUUAUGAAAUGUAAUGAGAAAUAUGUGAAAAGUAAUGAAUCGGGUGAAAAUAUUUCUAGUGGUAGCAAAAAAAAGAGGCAUAGUUAUAAAAAAACUAAUAAUAAGGAUAUUAAUUAUCCUAUUGUGCAUAAUAUGAAAAAACAUACUAAGAUGCUUAAAACUGUAAAUAAUAGUAAAGAUAGGAAUGAGUAG